GAUAGAAAGCUGAGAGGAACGGCUCCGUUAAGGGCUCCAUUUGCAACAUACGGAUGUAGUAUUUUUUCUUAAACAGAAAUAUCAUGAAGGUGUUUUAUGCUGUGGUUUUUGGCUGCAUUUUGGUUUUGGGUCUGCCCCUCAAUGCUGUGUCACUGUGGAUUCUGCUUUCCUGCCAUGGUAUCAGGACACCCAAUGUAGUCUUCAUGAUCAACCUGGCGAUCUCAGACCUGAUGCUUGUUGUCACCUUGCCUCUAAGGGUUUACUUUUACGCUACAGGCACCUGGCCGUUGAAUAAAUUGACCUGUGUUUCCAUCUCAAUGCUGUUUCGUAACAACAUCCGCUCCAGCUCCAUCUUCAUCACUUUCAUCAGCGUGGACCGGCUGCUGGCUGUGGUUUAUCCACUCAGAUCACGGCACAUACGAACCCCAUCAAAUGCUGUGAGAGGCUCUGUUCUCGUUUGGCUCUUCGUGGUGCUGCUGAAUAUCCCAGAGGGUAUCAGUUUUUCAAAACGUUUGAAUACAACGAAUGAGACAAUUUGUUUUGAAUCUGUUUACUCUGGUGAUCCAAGAAUAUCACCGGUUAGCUACAUUCAGUUCACAUUAGUGCUCAUCAUGUUAGCAGUCAACUUUGGAUGCACUGCCAAGGUAUUUUGGACCCUGCGGCAUCACCUCAGUGAGUCUGCAAAGGUUAACAGCAAGAUGAAUGUGAUGGUGAUUUUUGCCAUGAACUUGGUCAUGUUUGUUAUAUGCUUCCUGCCUGUGUCAGUCAUCCCGUUAACACAGGUUACUGGGUCUGAUUUUACACCCGUGAUAUGUCUCGCUACUGUGAACUGCUGCUUGGAUCCACUGUGUUAUUACUUUUCCCUUGAUGCCUUCUGGAAGAAAAGAGAGGAAGAUGAUGCAAGAAGAGAACAGAUGACAAGUCAAACUGGCUGAGGUUAAUCUUUUACUUGUUUUAGUUUUGAUUCUGCUUUUUUAUAUAUUUGUUUGUAUGUGGUAUUUGGUGCCAAUUUUGUUUGGACUGUCUUUUCUUUCUUUUUCUCGACCUGUUUUAAUUUUCUUCAUCAGCAGGAGUCAAACAUAGCUGUUCUGUUAAGUAAUGUUUCUGGGGUUAUUGCAGCAGACGAGAAGAAAGACCCUUUAAGCCACCGUACUGUAGCAUUACUACAAAAAGCAGUCUGAGACAAAAGCAAACAGAAAAAUCGCUACUGUAAACUGCUCUUGCUUCACGAAAUAUGACAGUAACAGAGACUAAUAUGGUAUGAAAUGAUACAAAAUACAGAAAACGAGGUGAAAUUAAUAAUCUCGUUGUACUUGCUGAAACGUUUGAAUUCCAAACUAAAUGUAUCUUGAUUCUUUAAUUAGGUUUAGACCCAUAACAUUAGAAUGAUCAGUGUAAUGUCAUUUAUAUAUCUUUUAGCCUCAUUUGUGUCUUUUAACAAAGACCCAGUGAUACUGUAUUGCGCCGACUACGACAAAACAAAUUCCUUGCAUGUCCAAAAACGUACUUGGCAAUAAAGCUUUUCUGAUUCUGAUUCUGAUUCUGAUUCUGAGCAGUGGACCUAACUCUGACAUUAUUCAUUUCUAUUGUCUUAUUGUUUAUUUGAUUAGACCACAACCCCUGUGCAGUUGUGUCUUUUCUGUUGCUUAAUGUGGCAAUGUUCAGCUCUGUUGUUGGUGUCUGUAAUAAAUAAUUUGUAUGAUU